AUGCUGUCCUUGCAAGCCGUGCUGUCCUUGCAAGCCGUGCUGUCCUCGCAAGCUGUGCUGUCCUCGCAAGCCGUGCUGUCCUCGCAAGCCGUACUGUCCUCGGAAGACGUGCUGUCCACGCAAGCCUUGCUGUCCUCGCAAGCCAUGCUGUCAUCACAAACUUUGCUGUCCUCUCAAGCUUUGCUGUCCUCGCAAGCUUUGCUGUCCUCGCAAGUUGUGAGGUCCUCGCAAGUUGUGCUGUCCUCUCAAGUUGAGCUAUCCUCUCAAGUUGAGCUGUCCUCUACAGUUGAGCUGUCCUCUACAGUUGGACUGUCCUCUCAAGUUGAGCUGUCCUCUCAGGUUGAGGUGUCCUCUCAGGUUGAGAUUUCCUCUCAAGUUGAGCUGUACACUCAAGUUGAGCUGCCCUCUCAAGUUGAGCUGCCCUCUCAAGUUGAGCUGCCCUCUCAAGUUGAGCUGCCCUCUCAAGUUGAGCUCCCCUCCCAAGUUGAGCUGUCCUCUCAAGUUGAGCUGUCCUAUCAAGCAGUGCUGUCCUCGCAAGCUGUGCUGUCCUCGCAAACUGUGCUGUCCUCGCAAGCUGUGCUGUCCUCACAAGCUGUGCUGUCCUCGCAAGCUGUGCUGUCCUCACAAGCUGUGCUGUCCUUGCAAGCUGUGCUGUCCUCGCAAGCUGUGCUGUCCUCGCAAGCUGUGCUGUCCUCGCAAGCUGUGCUGUCCUCACAAGCUGUGCUGUCCUCGCAAGCUGUGCUGUCCUCACAAGCUGUGCUGUCCUUGCAAGCUGUGCUGUCCUCGCAAGCUGUGCUGUCCUCGCAAGCUGUGCUGUCCUCGCAAGCUGUGCUGUCCUCACAAGCUGUGCUGUCCUCGCAAGCUGUGCUGUCCUCACAAGCUGUGCUGUCCUUGCAAGCUGUGCUGUCCUCGCAAGCUGUGCUGUCCUCGCAAGCUGUGCUGUCCUCACAAGCUGUGCUGUCCUCGCAAGCUGUGCUGUCCUAG